GCUCUGCCUUCAAUUCUUCAGUCGAGUCGCGAAAGUCGUCGAGUGCGUUUGGUUCGCUGGCUCGUCGGCAGUCCAGCUAAAAAGCAAAAAAACAGCAAAUCCAAGCCACUAAAAAAUUUUUAAAGGAAAAAAAAAGAAAACAAAACAACAAACUGGGAAAGAGAAAGAAGCUGAACAAACAAACAGAAGAUCAUCAUCAUCGUUUCACGAUUUUUUGUGCGCGCAGUCUUCGCCGUUAUGCAAUUGAAGUGCGUUCAUAAAAUGCCGAGAUAGCAACAAUUUCGAUUUAAUUAAUUUUGUCUGGGUAAAUUAGAAAUUUGUUCGCGCGAGUUUAAAAGACGCAUAAAAUACCGCUCGAUGUCCAAAAUUAAAUGCCAAAUUAAAUAUUAAAAUUUAUGGCAAACUCGUUUAGCACAGCAACAACAAAAAGUGAAAUUAAUAAAGUGAAAAGCAAGCAGCAAUUGAAGCCAAGCCAAGGCAAUUACAAAAUCAAUAUAAUCAAUAAUAGAAAAUCAUUGUUGCAGCAUUAAAAAGUACGUAAAGAAAUAACAACAGUUAGGGGCAAACACUUUUCCUCGUCGUCGCUCUGCGAAUACGUAAUCAUUGGGAAAAUAUCAGCAAUUUUGCAACAGUUUCGACACAACAACAACAACAACAGCAGCAGCAGCAACACCAACGACUGCAGCAAAAACAAAAGUAAUUGAGCAGAAAGGACAGAGACCCCAGAAGUCACACAAGAUGGUGUCGCGUCGAAAAAUUCUAUCACGUUCACGCGACGAUCUUAAUCUCGACCAGACAUUCACCCAACAGGAGGAGGAAGAGGAUAUCUGGUUCCAGAAGGAUAAACUAUACAAGGAACACAUUCAGGAAGUGCUGGACAAAUGGACCCAAAUCGACGACGAGAUCUGGGCCAAAGUGAUCGUCUUCGAGCGUAAUCGUCGCGUGGCCAAGGCAUACGCACGUGCCCCGGUGCUGACCAUUAAUGGAUCCGACGAUGGCUUCGACGGCAUGAGAAUUGGGCUUUGCGGCUUCGACAAUCCGAUGAGGGAUCAGAAGACCGACGAGAUGAAGCGCGUCAUCGGACAGGGUGUUAAAAUCAAAAUGGACGAUGCUGGUAAUAUACUGAUCCGGCGUUACGCCAAGAGCAAUGUCUAUGUGAAGAGCACAGCCAGCAGUCCCAACGAGGAGACCUCCAUCGGUGCCGAGAUCUUAAAGCUGCCCAAUCAGGCGCUCGAAUCCGAAAAAAUAGUCAAGCUCUUCGACAUGAAGAAGUUCCAGUCGAAUGUGAAUCGCGAAUUGCGACGCGCCUAUCCGGAUCGCCGGCGCUUGGAGACGCAGUGCCUCUCCGCGGUGGCGUUUGUCAAGUCGGAGAACGACGUCUUGGAGUGCCCCAUCUGGGUGCUCAUCGUCAAUGUGGUGGCCAUGGACAUGCUGAAGAGCAAACUGCCGCCAGUGCAACGCCCCAUUGUGGACAUCAAGAACCGCCCGCGUAUUCCGAUUCCCGACGAGGAUCCCUACAGCGUCGCUGGCAAUGGAAGCGGUGGUAGCUCCGGCAGUUCCGGAUUCGGCAGUGGCCACCAGGCGCAACUGCAUCCACAGCAGCAGCAGCAGCUGGGCAAGCACCUCAAUGGCAACGGAGGAGGACAUGUGGCCGCCACCCGGGAACAGUUGCUGCUCCAGACGCAACAAUUGGCGCACAAGCGCAGCGAGAAGCCUCCUAAACUACCGCCCAGGGACAAUAUCUAUUCGCACGAUCUGAUUCCAAAGCCGGAUUACGAUGACAUUGAUUUGGAAACUCGCAUCAAACUGUCGCGUGGCAAAUCGGACAAGGGCAAAGAUAACAAGAAAUAUGAUGACCCCUACUACUGCGGCCUACGGGCCCGAGUGCCGAACUUUGUGAAGUCGGGCAAGCCAAUCUCCGGCCAGGUGGCCAAGGAUCAGCGGGACGGGAAUGCCAACAAUAUCGGCAUGGGCAAUGGCAACGGCAACGGUGGCAUCAGCACGCUCAGCCAGAAGAAGACUUCGAUGAUCCACAACCACCUGGGGGGCAUGCAUCCGCACCACAUCCAGCAGCAGCAGCAGCAGCAGCAGCAGCUGAUGGCCGCGGCGGCGGCUGCGCAUGCGCAUGCGGCACAGCACCACCACAAUGCGGGCCACCAGCAGCAGCACCACCAGAUCUGGCAGACUCGCAGCUAUGAGAGCGGCAUAGGUAUUUAUAAACAGGGUGGGCAAAGCACCGCCACCAACGCCCACCACCACCACCAACCAACACACAAAUCGCACGCACUGCAAAUGCAAAUGCAUCAGCAACUGCAACUGCAACAUCAACAACAACAUCAACUACAACAACAACAACAACAACUACUACAACAACAACCACAGUCACUGCCAACGGACCUAACAGCAAUUACUGCAACAGCAACCACUGCAACAAGCAAGACACAAAGCACAGCUAACAAAGCACGUAGCCACCAGCCACAUCCGCACUCGUAUCCGCACGCACAUCCGCACCACAGACACCACCACCGGCAUGGUCACCACUGCGAAAGGCACGCCCACCUGCAGCAGCUGCAGCAGCAGCAGCAACAACACUCUGCACCGCAGCAACAACACUCUGUGCCGCAGCAACCGUACUACGACAAUCUUGAGGAUUCAGUGGGUCGCCAGGUGAAGCGUCGCCUGUCCACCCGUCGUUCUGCUCCGGAGGACAGCUCCUCCUGCAACUGCGUGAGCUGCUAUGCGCUGGCUCCGCUCUGCGGAGCAGUGCCGCCGCCACGUCCGCAAAGGAGCUUGAGUCAGCAGCAAUUGCGGCGACACCAGCGACUGAGUGGCAGUCAACUGGAGCCCGAAACCCGGCCGGGAGUGGUCAAGUGGUGCAGCGAGAGCGAUGUGUCAGUGCUGGAGCUGGAGCCAAUGGCAAACGAACGAUAUGACGACUGUUACGAGUACGACGACUUCGACAUGGAAUUCGACCUGGACGAUGACCUGGGCUUGACCGAGAAUAUACGACGACGCAAGGGACCGGAGACGGUGGACAUGUACGUGGACCGGUCGCAUCUCCGCCAGCUGCAGACGCCGGCCGUGCUGCGGACCAAGUCACAGUCCACCGAGAGCUUCUUCGAGCAGCCCAACGAGGAGGGCUCGCUGUACAUGUACGGCGGCAGGAAGCGGAUCGCGGUGAAGGCGGCGCCGUCGGCGGCCAACAUCUAUGACCGCGUGCGCGGCUCCAUCGAUUCCACGGGCAGGGGACGCAGUGUGGCAGGACCGAGUAGGGCCCAGGGGCAGGGGCAGAGUGGACGCAAGCCACAGCUGCCAGCGCCCAAAUGGCGAGGCGGCAGGCAGGCUCAAAACGCUGACAAAAGGCAAAGAUAUGACAAUGCCACCAAUAGCAACAGCAACAGCAACAGCAACUGCAACAGCAGCAACAACAACAGCCAGCACAAAAGACAGCUAACGAACGCCAAGCAAGACAAUGACGACAUGUUGAAAAACAAAAAUUAUUUCAAUAGUAAAAACAAAAGUAUAGCAACAGCAGCAGCAACAGUAACAGCAGCGAAAGCGACAGCAACAUCAGCCAGCACAGCAGCAACAUCUGGAGGUGGAGCGGGAACGGGAGCGGGAACGGGAACGGGAGCAACAGGAGUUGCUGGUGGAAAAGCCAGAGGAGGAGCAGGCGGCGGUCCAACAAUGUCGCCAACAUUGGGCACUGGCCCGGCGGCAGCCACGAACAAUACCCCGGUCAAUGGACCAACUCAUCCUCCUGCUGCCAACGGACGAACCGGGCGCAGUGCCAGCCGCCUUGACAUCAGCGACAUGGAGUCCAUUUAUGGCUACCUGAAGCCCCGCAAGCCGCGCAGCCUCAGCCUGAAGAAAAUCCAAAUACUCGACUACUGAAUCGGACACCUGAAUUUGUAUGGGGUUGCUCUAAAUCGAAACGAGGUUAUAUGGCUAUGGCCCAGACAUCCCAUCGAUAUUAGUUAUGGUUUUUUGUUGGCUUACCCCUUUUUUGGGUCGAAGGAACUGGGUGCUGUACAUACUAUACCCAGAAAAUGGUUACCUCUUUUACCCGGUGAACUGAACCACUAAACUGUACGAUAUACCUACUAACUUAGCACCUUGGACUCCUUGGACAGUCACGAAACGCAAUUGUACAUACACAAACUACAAGUGGGUUGAUUUGUAUAAGAAAGUAGUUAAAUGUCUAAGGAGUGGGGAGUAAUCUUAAACGAAAAUCAUGUCUUCCUCUUGAACAUAUUUUAAAUCAUUAUAGUUAAAAUUCUUACAGAAAAACUGUAUAUUUGCUAUAUCAUUUAAAAGACUCAUUACAUUUUGGACACUUUAUAAAAAAAUGUAUUACAAUGCUCAAGCAUCAAAAUAUUUUAUUUAAAUUCCCACGGAAUAACUGUAUAUUUUUUAUAUAUUAACUCUUGAAAAGAAAAAUGCUCAAGAAUUCGCGUAUAUAAUAAUUACACUGUAAACUUUUGCCAAAGAUUACUUUACACCCUGCUUAGGUCGACACUACUGAAAUCAAACCACUCCACCAGUCAUAUUCUCAUUCAUUAUACCAAAAAUAUAUCCCCGCACCCAGUGUGUAACACUCAAUCUCUGUGCU